GGAUUUUGUGUGCAACGUUGCUCUGCUAUACCCACUGUAUGAAGUAUUAACAUUUUUUGUAUUACAACAGCCGAUUAGCAGUAUACAAUAACUACUACGUGGUCUGCAGACUCCGUAGCUCCUGUACGAAGGCAAGGAGCUCCACCGCAGACUCGGGAGACGCAACAGGCACGUAAAGAAAAAACGCGCAGGCGCAGACUGGGCUCAGGCCGCUACUUGGGACAGGAGUUGAGAGCCCAGAUCCGCGCAACGCAGCGCCGCCCGCCCCUCUGUUUACAAUAAGUAUAGCCAGCCGAGGCUGAGCCCGAGUCCUUCCGAAAGACUUCGGCUGCCGCCAGCCGCGUCCGAAGCCGGAUACGGAAAUAACCGACGACAUCCGGCAUCCGCCGAAGGGAGCUUCGGCGGCUCAUCCGUAGGCUACGGAGACGCACGAAGGUUGCCUCGAAGCAAAACUCGGGCGAGGAGCCAUCAUGGCGGACCAGGUCGAGCAGCUCCGGGCGGAUGGCAUCCAGAAGCGGUUGGUGCAGGAAGGCCGAGGGCCCCAACCAGAUUACCAAGAUGGUACCAAGGUGACCUUCCACUACCGCACACUGCUCUGCAGUCCGGACCAGCGAGUCUUGGAUGACAGCCGUACCCGAGAGAAGCCCAUGGAGCUCAUCAUUGGCAAGAAAUUCAAGCUGCCCGUUUGGGAGACUAUCCUGCACACCAUGAGAGAGGGAGAGAUGGCUGAGUUCUUGUGUGACACAAAGCAUGUGGUCUUGUACCCAAUGGUGUCAAAGAGCUUGAGGAACAUUGCGGCUGGGAAAGAUCCACUGGAGGGACAACGGCAUUGCUGUGGCAUUGCUCAGAUGCAUGAGCAUCACUCCCUGGGUUACCCAGACCUCGAUGAGCUGCAGCAGAACCCCCAGCCCCUCAUCUUUGCCAUUGAGAUGCUCAAGGUGGAAGUUCCUGGCACAUACCGGCAAGAUCCUUGGGCCAUGUCCGAUGACGAGAAAGUGAAGGCCGUGCCCCUGAUCCACCAGGAAGGCAAUGAGCUCUACAAGGAAGGCAAAGUGCAGGAGGCAGCUGCCAAGUACUACGAUGCCAUCGCUUGCCUCAAGAACCUGCAGAUGAAGGAGCAGCCCGGAUCCCCAGACUGGAUCCAGCUGGACCAACAAAUCACCCCCUUGCUUCUGAAUUACUGCCAGUGUAAGCUGUUGAACGAGGAGUAUUACGAGGUGCUGGAUCACUGCUCCUCUAUUCUCAACAAGUAUGAAGAUAAUGUCAAAGCCUACUUCAAGCGAGCCAAGGCCCAUGCUGCUGUUUGGAAUGCAACCGAAGCGCAGGCUGACUUUGCCAAGGUCUUGCAGCUGGAUCCAUCGUUGGGACCUGUGGUUGCCCGGGAGCUGCGUAGCCUGGAGACCCGCUUACGUCAGAAAGAAGACGAGGACAAGAUCCGUUUCAAAGGCAUAUUCUCCCUAGCCACGAUGCCGCCUGCUGCUGUCCCACUCGGGACAGCUGAGGCUUUGCUGUCGGCGCUCUAGGGCCAGGCAGCGCCAAUGGACCAUGAGACUCCUUGGCUCAGGGCUAGUGCGGCCCUCCCCUUUGCACACAUAUUGGGGGAGCCGCCCUUUCUUGUCAGCAAAGUAUGUUGCCUCUGUGCAAAUAGCAGUAUUUGCCAAAGAGAAGAGGGAGAGAGAAGGGAAGGCUUUCUGAUUUCCCAGGCCAAAGAGGAAUGUGUCUGCCAGAUUAGGUGUGAGCCUCUUAUGUUAUCCCUCCAAGUGACCCUUUACCCUGUUCCAUUGCACACAGUGCCUUUUCCUGUGUUCCUCAUGAAGAGAGAAACUUAGCUUGUGUGAGAGCUGCCAGGAGAUACUGUGAGGUAUGCUUUAUGUUGUGGGCCAAGGCUGAAUGGGCCAUUUAUGAUGAGAGUUGCAUGAAGGUGAUCAGUUCUCCCUUUGAGUGCCAUUCCUCCUUGCCAUGCCCUCUGUGUGCAGUAGUGCAUGUGUUUGCGCUUGUACUCAGUCCAUCCUGGCUAGUGUGCAGGUUAUAAGGUGAGGUUGCCCUUUUCUGGCUCCUGGCUGUGUGGGAUGAUGCCCCAGGAUCCAAAUACAUCUCCCUUUGUGAGGGAACCUUACAUGGUGUAUUGCUGAGUAAGAAGGAACCAAACCGUUGGAUGCUUUGUCCAGCAGGUCUUUUUAAAGGAAAAAGAGGCUGCACCUACUGCAUUGUGGUGGUUGUGUUGGAAACCCUUUGGCUUCUUUAGUUAAAGUGUGUUGUGCUGUGAUAGGUCAACCAUAGACAUGCGGUGCCCUGUGCUGCUUUGCAAUCUAGGAGGCUCUGCCGAAUGCCAGCUUCCCUGUUACUUGAUGUAAGGCUGCUGUCAACAUUCCUUGUUGUUCCUGGUGCUUUGUAGCUGGUUGGAGGAAGAGGCAGUUUCAAAAAAAAUUCUGCUUAAAAUGAAGAACUCAUCAUUUCUUUGGGCCUUUAGUACAUGACUGAGAGAGGAGUCUUGUGCAUAUUGCUUCUUGAUGCCUCCAGUAGCAAAUAUUCCAAACUGAUGCAGCACAGCAACAGGCCUCAGUCCUUCCUCCCUUCUCUGAGAGGUAGGGCUUGGGAGCAAAUAGCAAAAGGUGAGGCCAGCCAACCAGCCCCUGCUAGAAUGUAUAUAUUUGAGCAAUAUACUGUGCAGCAUAUUCUGAAACUCUGAUUAAGGGUGACUUUGAUUAAGGGUGACUGUUGCCACCUUCUGAAAUGUCUAAGCCACAUCAAGUGGCACAGGUAAUUGUUGGCGCCAGUGACUUACCUAAGGCCAAGGGCACACCAGGAGGGCAGUGCCUCAUAAGCACCAACUUUCCCUGUGAGUAUAGCAGCAGCCAAUAGUAAGGGGAUCAUGUCAAAGGCUCAGAGAGUUUUUCCCUUCCUUCUGUGUAGGAAAAGAUGAUGGGUGGACAUGCCGUCAUAAGCAGCUUUUUCCCUUUAAUUAUUUCAGAAACUGAAUCAAAGACAGUCAGAUUCACUGAAAGACUUAGGGUGCAAAGAACACUUGUUCAGGGCGUUUUUCCGUGAGGAAGGAUCUUUGCCCCAACCCACCAAGGUUAUUUGCUUGUUAGAAAGGGUUUUGUGCUUGGAUUGCCAAUCUUGGGUACAGAAUCAGUGGAGUUCAUACCUGAGCAUUGUCAGGACAAUGGGCUCUUAUAAUGCCUGUUGUAUGGUGAGCGUGAUUGCAGUCUUUGCCUGGACUGUGAAACUGGCCCUAAAAGAGGGAGAUACCAUUUACCUACCCAGUUCAAAUUGGAUUACUUGUGUUCCUACCAAAUACAUCUACAGAGCCAAUAAUAAUGUAUUUUAAUUUUUUACAUCUUCCCAGUUACCUUUCCUUGCAAAUCAGUUUAUUUUGUUUUGUUGGUCUGUGCUGUCUCUCUUCAGUAUACAUCUGUACACAGUGCAGACCCCCCUCCAGACUGUUUUCAGCACCAGUGUGCAUAGCACAGUCUUUAUAGCUGGAUUAAAAACUGUAGCUGUCAAGGUGUCCCAUGGGGAAAAGGCACCUUGCGUUUUCAAAGUACUGUGUGCCUGUACACUCCAACUUCUACUCCAGAGGGCAGCCCAUUGUUGUCCUGAUAUUACAUGCACUUGCAGAGAAAAUGGGAGAUCAUCCAAACACCAUACCAAAUCAAAAUUGAAAUGUCAUGAACCAAGCAGAAAGGAACACUUUGUUCAUCCUUCUGCGGCUUUAAAAUUUGCUACCCAGUGUAUAUUUAGCCUAGCACAUGCCCCUAGGGAUAAAGUGGGUGAACAGAGAAUGUGGGAUCGAACGCCACAGUUGGCACAAUCUAUUAUUUCUGUGCGGCUCCCAUUCAGUUCAGCGGCUCUUGCACUGAGGAACUUGGCAGUAGAUUGUGCUCAGUAAUGGUCGUCUAAAUAACCACCAGUAGAAUUCAGAGUUGUACAAUAAAGUUUCCUCUCUACCACAAAGUACUGCAAGAAAAUGUUUUUGCUUAUGUUUUUUAAUGGUUAGAUUAUUGUACGUUGCCUGUCUUUGAGCUACAAAGGUUGUACUGCUUUUUUCUGGACCAUAUCUAUAUUUGGAGCAGGUAGGGCUUUGUUGGUCAGCUUUGAGUCUCAUGCUACACCUAUCAAAGUCUCUGUACUGCUAGUGCAAAUCAGUCGCAGAAGACAAGCCUGGCUAACACAAAAUCUUUGGGAAAUAAUUUUUAAAAAUCAUCAUUGUGUUUCUAUAUUACAGGUUCAAGUGUAUGGUAUUUGUUUAUAUAAAAAUUAAACAUAUUCAAAAGCAA